CUUCUCGAUGCACCCAGUGAAUCAUUUCAUCCUUGUUUAUAUUCAACAAUAAACAAGGAUGAAGUGAUACAUUGUGUCCUAUGUCACUUGCUAUCAUAACGACUCAGGCUGAGAGCGCGAAUUCUUCAGUGAAUACACGGAUCUCGUUGAGAUCGCAUCAUGAAUCUAUCGGUGAGGAUAUUGCUACUGCUCGUGAUCGCGCUGUGCCAGUCGACGACGCAAUUGACGUUUCGAAAUAGAUUCGCCGAGAACCGGCGAUUGACAGUCAAUUAUGACACGCCGCCACAAAGCACCAGAUACAUAUAUGAUAUCAAAACAUUCAACGUGCGCGUGGAUCACUUUAGUUUCGCCGUACAGGAUACUUUCAAUUUGCGAUAUCUCAUAAAUGAUACCUGGUGUAAAACUGUAAAGAAUGCUCCUAUAUUUUUCUAUACCGGAAACGAAGGUAGAAUCGAACUUUUUGCAGAGAAUACGGGCUUCCUGUGGGAAAUCGCGCCAAAAUUCGGUGCACUGGUAAUUUUUGCCGAACAUCGUUAUUAUGGCGAAUCGCUGCCCUAUGGGAACCAGUCUUUCGCGAAUCCGCGGUAUCUCGGAUAUUUGACGUCUCAGCAAGCCCUGGCUGAUUAUGUGGAGCUUAUUGGAUACCUGAGAUCGAAGGAAGGAUUCGAGUUCAGUCCGGUCAUAGUUUUCGGUGGUUCGUACGGCGGUAUGCUUAGCGCUUGGAUGCGCAUUAAGUAUCCUCACAUCGUCCAAGGUGCGAUUGCAGCUUCCGCGCCAAUUUUGCAAUUUACCGACAUCGUGGAGUGCGACGCUUUCGCUCGAAUAGCAACAUCGGAUUAUUAUGUCUCGAAUCCAACGUGUCCGCAGCUUAUCCGGAAAGCAUGGAAGACGAUAACCGAAGUGACUUCAAAUGAUGAGGGUAAAAAAUGGCUGUCAAGCAAUUGGAAGCUAUGUGAACCAUUGAAAACUGAAGAAGACGUCCAAGUGCUGAAAGAUUUCCUGCAGGAAAUCUACAUAAACAUGGCUAUGGUCAAUUAUCCUUACGAGACUAACUUCUUAGCGCCGCUGCCGGCCAAUCCAAUUAACGUUUUUUGCCAACAUUUGACGAAUUCUUCGUUGACGGGAAAACCAUUGUUAUCAACACUUUAUCGCGCUAUUAAUGUUUACACAAAUUAUACUGGUAAAGCGAAUUGCACUUUUACGAAGAACACGACGCCAACUUUGGGUGAUGAAGGAUGGGAUUAUCAGGCGUGUACAGAAAUGGUGAUGCCGAUGUGUACCGAUGGUACCAAUGACAUGUUCGAACCGGCAACGUGGAAUUUCGACGACUACAAUAAUACCUGCUUUAAAAAAUAUUCAGUAUCCUCGCAACCUCAUCUGGCUUGUCAACAAUAUGGCUGUAAAAAUCUUGAUACUGUGACUAACAUCCACUUCAGCAACGGAUUGCUAGAUCCGUGGACGAGCGGAGGCGUGUUGCGCAAUUUGUCUUCGUCGGCGACUGCCAUCAUAAUACCGGACGCUGCGCAUCAUCUAGACUUACGAGAGAGCAACAGCAACGAUUCGUAUGACGUCAUUUUAACGCGCAAAUUUCAUCAAUACUCCAUCAAAAAGUGGAUCGCAGAAUACCAAAGAAAAUUUUAGAAUUUGAUGUGACGAGAAGAAAAGUUAUCGCGCGGAAAGAAAUUUUGUCGAUCUA